AUGUCCGCGGUUGAUACAAACGAAGUCACUGAUGCUCUUGAGAAGCUCAACGUCUCAGAGCAAGUUGAGUCUCCUGCUGCCGAGACUCCAGCCACUGAGGGUGAGGAGACUACCGAAUCAUCCGGUUCGGCAGAGGAGAUGACUUCUCUUUACGUUGGAGAACUUGACCCAGAGGUCACCGAGGCCGAUCUCUACGAGUUCUUCAGUCAGGCUGGUCAAGUCUCUUCUAUCCGUGUUUGUCGUGAUGCCAUUACCAAGAGAUCGCUUGGUUACGGUUACGUCAACUACCAGGGUUCCAAGGAUGCCGAGCGUGCUCUUGAUGAGUUGAACUACCACCCAAUCAAGAACCGUGCUUGUCGUAUCAUGCUUUCGCAGAGAGACCCAUCUUUGCGUCGUUCCGGUGCAGGAAACAUUUUUAUCAAGAACUUGCACCCGGAUAUCGACAACAAGACUUUGCACGACACCUUCUCUGUCUUCGGCACUAUCUUGUCUUGUAAGGUUGUGACCGACGAGUUUGGUUCAUCCAAGGGUUACGGUUUCGUUCACUUCAGAUCUGACGAGGCUGCCAAGGCCGCCAUUGAGGGUGUCAACGGUAUGCUCUUGAACGACCGUCAAGUCUACGUUGGUCCAUACCAGCCAAGAGAGGAGCGUGCUUCCAAGAUGGACGAGUUUGUUCAGAAGUUCACCAACGUGUUCGUCAAGAACCUGGACUCUUCCGUUGACGACGCUCAGUUGGAGGAGCUCUUCAAGCCUUACGGUGAGCUCACUUCCAUCCAUCUCGAGAAGGAUGCUGAAGGUAACUCCCGCGGCUUUGGUUUCGUCAACUUUGCCAACCACGAGGAUGCCACCAAGGCUGUUGAGGAAUUGAACGACAAAGAGAUCAACGGUAAGAACAUCUACGUCGGUCGUGCCCAAAAGAAGAAGGAGAGACUCGAGGAGCUCAAGAAGCAAUACGAGGCUCUUAGACAGGAGAAGCUCAACAAGUACCAGGGUGUUAACCUGUUCGUGAAGAACCUCGAAGACACCAUCGAUGACGAGAAGCUGAGAGAGGAGUUUGCUCAAUUCGGUACCAUUACCUCCGCCAAGGUGAUGACCGACAACAACGGAAAGUCCAAGGGUUUUGGUUUCGUGUGUUUCUCUGAGCCAGAAGAAGCCACAAAGGCCAUCAGUGAAAUGCACCAGUUCAUGGUUGCCGGUAAGCCACUGUAUGUUGCUUUGGCUCAAAAGAAGGAGGUUAGACGCUCGCAGUUGACCCAACAGGUCCAGGCCAGAAACCAACUCAGAAUGCAGCAGACUGCUGCCGGUGGAAUGGGUCAAUUCGUUGCUCCAAUCUUCUACGGCCAACAGCCAGGUUUCCUGCCUCCAGGAGCCAGAGGAGGUGCUGCUCCAUUCCCAGGCCAGAACCCACAGCUUUUGAUGCAACAGGGCAUCCCAAGACCCGGUCAAGGAUUCCCAAUGCAACAGCAGUUCCGUGUUGGUCCUAACGGCCAGCCAAUCGCCAUGAUGGUGCCUCAAGGAUUCAACGAGUACCAGAACGGCAGAGGUCCACAACAGAGAUUCUACGCCAACAACCGUGGCCAGAACAAGGGCAGACCACAACAGCCACAGCAGCCACAGCAGGGUGAACCAGCCUCUUUGGCCGCCAUCUUGCCCCAAGUCCCAGUUGAACAGCAGAAGCGUAUGUUGGGUGAAGUCAUCUACCAGAAGGUUGCCGCUACCGGAAAGGCCGAUGAGGAUGCCGCUGGUAAAAUCACCGGUAUGAUUUUAGACAUGGACAACCAGGAGAUCUUGGGUCUGUUGGAGGACGACGAGGCUUUCGACGUUCAGUUCAACGAGGCCUUGGCCGCUUAUGAGGACUACAAGAACAAGGAGGCUGAGAGAGCUUAA